GGUCAUCUGGGAAAUCUUGAGCUGGCUGCUGCUUCUCUCGGGAAUACUGGGAUCCAGGUCUUUGCAUAUGGCCUCAUGCUAGGGAUGGGCAGCGCGGUAGAAACUCUCUGUGGCCAAGCGUACGGGGCCAACAAGUACGAAAUGUUAGGCAUCUACAUGCAACGGUCAACGAUCCUUCUAAUGGCAACAGGGGUCCCACUUGCCAUCAUCUACGCCUUUUCCCGCCCUCUCCUCGUCCUCGUGGGCCAAUCCCAGGACAUAGCCAAAUACGCCUCCAUAUACGUGUAUGGUCUCAUACCCCAAAUCUUUGCGUACGCUGCCAACUUCCCCAUUCAGAAAUUCCUACAGGCGCAGAGUAUUGUCACGCCCAGUGCUGUCAUCUCCGCUUGCACAGUUGGGGCCCACAUUUUAUUGAGCUGGGUGGUGGUGUAUGAGCUGGGUCUAGGACUUUUGGGUGCGUCUUUGGUGCUGAGUUUUUCUUGGUGGGUUGUAGUGGUGGCUCAGUUCGUGUACAUCUUGACGACCCGGAAGUGCCGGUUCACUUGGACCGGGUUUAGCGUCCAGGCAUUUUUCGGAUUGCCGGAGUUUUUGAAGCUGUCGAUGGCGUCGGCAGUGAUGUUGUGCUUGGAAACUUGGUAUUUUCAAGUGUUGGUGCUCAUUGCUGGGUUGCUUAAGAACCCUGAACUUGCUCUUGAUUCAUUAUCGAUUUGCAUGAUAAUCUCUGGUUGGGUGUUCAUGAUCUCUGUCGGAUUCAACGCAGCAGCCAGCAUACGGGUGAGCAACGAAUUAGGCGCAGGCAAUCCCAAGUCGGCAGCGUUCUCAGUUGUAGCGGUGACGAUGUUAUCGUGCUUAGUAUCGGUGGUUAUUGCCAUAGUUGUCCUCUGCCUUCGAGGCUACAUCAGUUAUAUUUUUACGGAGGGGGAGAGGGUGGCCCAAGCGGUGUCUGAGCUCACUCCUUUGCUCGCCGUCACUCUCAUUCUCAAUGGUAUUCAACCCGUUUUAUCUGGCGUGGCUGUGGGCUGCGGUUGGCAAUCGUUUGUGGCGUAUGUUAAUGUGGGUUGCUACUACGUUGUUGGCGUCCCCGUCGGCAUUCUCCUCGGUUUCACUUUUGAUCUCGGAGCAAAGGGGAUAUGGAGUGGCAUGAUAGGAGGAACCUUCAUCCAGACGCUCAUUCUGUUGUGGGUCACUAUUCGAACCGAUUGGAAUAAAGAGGUAGAAGCAGCACAGCAACGACUGGACAAAUGGGAUGACAAGAAGAAGCCGCUUCUUGCGGAUAAUGAAUGAAGAUCAUUCCUACAAAAGCCAACCAAGAGCUCAACAAUUUUGGCGCUAAUAAAUCAUUGAGAAGAAAUAGUAUACGAUACGUGGGACUCUUGAUUUUUGCUCUCCUCAACCAAUUAUCCAUUUCUUUGUACGUUGCUUUUACUAGUAUAUAUUACGCCUGUGUGCCAAGCA